GUCGAAUUUGAGCGGUAUCUUGCGGUUUGUUAAACUGGAGCCACGUGAAAAGGGUUAAUGAAGAAACGGUAGCUAAAGCCAUUCUUUACCCUUAAAGAAAAGAAGAAUCCUACCUGACGUUUUUCGUUCUCUGACGUGUCUUUUGAGGUUAAUGUUUAUUGUAUAUUUUUAUUUGUUUGAAUAAAAAAAAAAAUUGCCAACCCGUAAAAUAAUGUUAUCCUGCAAUAAAAUUUUGAUUUAUUGCUAAUAAAAAUUCACUGUUUUUUUAAUUUGCUCUAGUCUUAUGAAUGUGAUAAAUUGAAUCAUGGGCACGACAGUGAGUAAAAGCUCAGAUUUGUCCAUCAACGACUAUUGUUUGAAAUUUGUUGCAAAAGAAGCUAUUUCUUUAAACGAUCCUUUUUGGAAUAGGUUUUUGGCUUUCACCAUAACACCACCAACUACUAGAAGUGACCAAAUAAUACUAGAAUCAAAAAUCGAUCCUCUAUGUCAAGAACUAUUGAAAAACAACUUAAGUUCGGGUAAUUUGGGUACUUUAAUACAUUUAUUCAUCAGCAGAUCAUCUGAAUUGUUAGUCGCUACCGAUUCUGAAGCAAACUUAUUCAAUUGGCAACUCUUCAACAACCUUUUCACUAUACGAUGCGUUUUGAAAUUCCUCACCGAGACAACCACAGAAGAUCAGCUUUUAGAGCAUAUUGAAUUCAAUGGCAACGGCACCCUUUUUGAAUCAUUUAUAAGCUCCCUCUUUACAAUUCUCGUUGACGUACCAGUACAAGACACCACAUAUGCAAUCCACUUGGAAGCAGUCACUUGCUUACUUAUUUUAUUGUUUGUGCAAUACGAAGUGCAAUAUCAUUCCAGUUUGCAGUUGAAUGCGAGUCAAAUUUAUAAUGUUGUUAUGCGAGGGAAGCAUGUCAUAAGUGCCCCUUUGUUUGUUAAAUGUUUGCUGACUAAUUUUAUUAACCAGCAAGCUUUGCCUAAAGGAUAUGGAACAGGACAGGGGCAGAGUUUAGUUAUAGGUUUAGCUACUGAAUUAUGGUCCAUGUUAACGUUUUCGAGAAAAUCCGAAGAUUCCGACUUACCCGAAUUGAGCGAAUUCCAAAAAGCACCUUUAGCCACCCAAAGUAUUUUGUUGCUGUUAGUUUUGGUACACAAAUGGACUACUUUGAAUAAUCCCUACAGACUGAGCUUGUUUUCUUGCUUGAAUCAAGAUAACAAUCCUAUGCCUCCAACCACAGAAAACACAAUAUUCAAACUAGACUUCAAUUCAUUGUACUCAACUCUUUGUAAGAAAACUUCAGGAGACGCGCCCACUCUUCUACUGUACUUAUUGUUGCACAGGAACCCAGCCUUUAAGACAUAUCUUUUGGAUAGACUGGACAUUCAAGACUUGAUUAUUCCUAUUCUUAAAACGCUUUACAAUGCACCAAAUAGCCAUAGUCAUCACAUUUACAUGUCGAUUAUUAUCUUGUUAAUUUUGAGUGAAGAUGAUACUUUUAACAAGACCGUUCAUGAAACUAAAUUGAAAAAUAUUACAUGGUACACUGAGCGUCAGCUAACAGAUAUUUCUUUGGGAGGUCUUCUAAUAUUGGUCAUAAUUCGUACAAUUCAGUACAACAUGCUUAAAAUGCGGGACAAAUAUUUACAUACAAAUUGUCUGGCAGCUUUAGCUAACAUGUCUUCUCAAUUUCGUGAUUUGCAUCCUUACGUGAGUCAACGAUUAGUUUCUUUAUUUGAAACCAUAGCAAAAAAAUAUCAGAAAGUUUCGAAAACAUUAGACUUUGAAAGGCAUUCAACAGAAAUCAAUAUAAAUCAAGAUGAAGAGGAUUUACAACAAGACAUCAACGUUUUAGAAGAGGUUCUAAGAAUGGUUUUGGAAAUUUUAAAUUCUUGCCUGGCAACUCAACUAACUUACAAUCCUAAUUUGAUUUAUACUUUAUUAUAUAACAGGCAUAUUUUUGAAAUGUUUAAAGACAAAGUGGUAUUCCAGGAUAUUAUUCAUAAUAUCGAUAUUGUUAUUAGACAUUUUUCGGAAUUAUUAAGCACUAAAACUCAAGAAGUCGACGCCCAUGAAGUUUUGCAAGUUAUACAGCAGGGUGGAAAAUAUUGGCCUAAAGAUAAAUUAACAAAAUUUCCUGAUUUAAAGUUUAAAUAUGUUGAAGAAGAGCAACCGGAAGAAUUUUUUAUUCCAUAUGUAUGGGAGUUAGUUAAUCAACAAUCAGUAUUAAAUUGGAAUAAUAGCUCUAUAGCUGUUUGCUAGCAAAUAAAUAGAAAUUAUAGUUUAGGGCAAUUCUAACAUUAUCUAAUCCGUUCUCUGAAUUAUAUUGGACAAUAAAGAGGGUUUCCAUUAUAUUUUUAUAAAUACCAAAAAUCAAAAAUGUACCUUUGUUUUUUUUUUUUUAAUGGAAUAUCAUCACUUUUCGGUUAGUAUAUUUUGUUUAAUAAUUAAUAAAGGGAUGUAUUUAGGUGUGCAUAAAAAAUAUAGAUUAUUAUUUAUUGCAUUUUAGAUUUUAGCAUCCCCUACAGCAUGGUAGUUAUUAUUUUUAGUGUGAAUACUUAAUUUAUAUAAAAAAAAAUAUAUAUGUUUUAUUGUUUGUUACAACAUAGCUUUUAUAUAAAUAACAGUUGUUAGUA